AGAGUUGUGCCAUCUUUUGUGCCUUUGUUGUCACGGAAUGGCACGCGGAGGCGCAGCGGCGUAGAGAAGAAAGAGCCAGAGCUCUAAACAAGCCGCUGUCGCUGUGUGAAGUUAUUGUUUAGCGCAUAAGACAAUAAUGAGCAUCAGGUAAGACCGCAGUCAACAACCUGUGCGAAUCGCAGAGAACAACAAAGGAAUCGCAGUUCGCACACCUGAAGUUGAGCGCGAAGUAGGAAGAUAAGAGAAAUGUGCGACAAUAAAUGCUCUUCGCUCAUUUUAGGAGCAUAAUUUGGUGCACUCCGAAAAGGCGAAUGAGCACAACGACGAAAGUGGAGAAGUAAAGGAGAAUAUUUUGAAACCACCGGCUCAAGAGUAGAACCGAGCUGAAAACAAACGUCGUCAUCAUCAACGUCGUCGCACACCGGAAGGUGUACGAGCGUAGAAACGAAAUAAAGCAAGAACAAAUGUUAAAGAGUGUGGCGACUAGAGGAGGAUGCACGGGAAACGCAGAGGCAUGUGGAUGUGAUGCCUUCGACUUUAAAGUCGUGCAUAUGGAUACCGAUGAUGAAGAACGAACACAUACUAAUACAUACCCCCUUACAUACACACAGAUCCACACUUACGCGCAAUGUUGGUUUGAAGAGAGUCGCUAAAGCCGAAUCAGUACGCCAAAUAGGCAAGCAAGCAAGCAAGGCAGGCAGAUGACACAAUACCCGACUGUAUGCGCUCAUUUGCGUGGUGUUGGUGGCACACAUGAAACGAAUACAUACGAAAGUGUGGCGCACGAGCGUAGCAACGAAUUCAACAGAUUCAAAAGCCGAACUCCGAAUGCAAAAAUUGGUAUAUUACCUUAGAAUGCCAGUCGUUCUUACUUCAGUCUUCGUACAGUCUUUGCUUUAACCCGUUCCAAUUCUGUCCGCCGUCGCUCUAUAUUAAAUAAUAACAAAAAUAACAACAACAAAAAUAAACAAAAUAAUAUCACAAACGACAACCAUAACGAGUAUCGCAUCUAAAAAAAAACAAAAAAGAAAUCAAAAUAAAAUACAAAAACAAAACCAGCAAUAGCAGCAGGAAAACUACGAACAAAAAUCACGAUAUUCUAAUAUAUCCAAACAGCAGUGGCGAAACUAUCAACAAGCGCUUAAGAGCAGCACGCAACAGGAGUGGUUGUGGAGUGAAGCAGCAGCAGCAAUAGCAACAGUGUGUCUCAGUGUUAUCAACAACAUUGCCGCCUUCGUCACCGCGCGCAACAACGUCUCGCUCCAGCACUGCGUCGCGCUCCGUACAGACGUCGCCGUCACCGUCGCCGUUGAAGUCAGCGCCAAAGUCGAAGUCACAGUCAAGCGUCAGCAGUCGAACGUCAAAAUACGACAACAACGACAACGACGGAGAAGGCAGAAGACUCUGCAAAACGCACACAAAAUUUCAAUAUCCAAAUCAAAGUUGCGUUCAAAUCGAACACGGCCGCAAUAGUAGCAACACCGUAGCAUCGUAACACGCGGACUCGACACUCGAGAUAGCAAACCUUACCACUUACCACUUACUAGUGCAGUUCUAACUACGUCGUCGACGUGCACCAUACGUUCGCAGUUAUCAACCGAAAGUUGCAAAUAAUUUUAACGUGUCCACUUUGAAUUGGUUUUCGCGUGCAACGUGUUGUUGAAAAAUUGUUUCCAAAAAUACCGAAAAAUCAUAAACAGCUUUCAAAAGUUCUUUUAGCGACAGCAUUUAACGUAUUAAUAAAAACUUCGGUGGUAUUUUAUCCUCUGUCAAACCAAAGCUAUUCCCCCAAGUCAUAAACUAUUGCACUCAUAAGUACUUCACUUCUCAUUAACAAACUCAAAACUAAACGAUAAAGUUUUCUAAAAAGCAAAUUUCAAUUUGUACUUGUACUACAGCAAAUUGUUGCUAUUUUUAAGUAUUUAUAAAAAUACUUUGGUGUUAUGUAAUUGCAAAAAUUAGUAGACAAAACUGUAUUACUGGAAAUCUGAAAUCUAAGGUACUAAACCACAAAUACGCGCAAAUCUAAACUUUCACAGUAAACGAAGAUCUCAACAGCUACUUUAUUAUGAAAAUAAAUAUAUCAAAAAUCAAAAAUUAAUUGGAAAAGUAUAACGGUGACUAAAUCACUACAAAUUUACAAGAAUUUAUUGUUAGUGCAGCUGCAGAUCAUUUAUAAACACAGCGUCAAGAGGCUUGAAUGCUUCUCUAAAAAUUGAGAACAUACAGUGAGCGGAAGAAAUAAAUAUAUUUGUUGUCAUUGUAUUUGUAUUGAUAGCCAAUAUUAGCAGCAGAGAAGCAAGUCCUUGCGCUUUUUUGCAAUUUUGUAAACUAAUUUUGAGCAAAAUUUCAAAAACGAUAACAAUAUAUAUCUAUUUUAAGUAAACAAAAGGUUGUUGCAUAUUUGAUUUUAUGUGCAGAAAUUUAAAUCAUAUUAUAUAAUAAUAAAAGUAAAAUAAAAAUAAUUUUUAACAUUACAUAUCAGUGUUAGAACAAUUGUACCAGUAGCGUUAGUUGUGAGAGAGUAUAGAGGAUAUAGUCGAAAGCAAUCAGCAGAAAAUUGCAGCAAAAUCAAAGUAUUGUAAAAAGGUUGUUUACGUAACAGACGAGAAGUGAGAGAAACAUAUAUCAAAAAAUAAACCAGCAAACACAAGUACACAAACGCAUUGUAAUCAAAGUCAAUUUCGAGGCAUAUUUAUAGGCGACACAGCAGCAAAUAUACUUAGUCAAUCAGCAAUGCGCAUAAAUUGAGAAGUGCAAAGCAAUUUGAAACACUUUCUAAACUCAAAACCUUUUUGUGAAAUAUUUCCGCGUAAACAAUAUUGGAAUAGAAAAUAAAUAAUUCAAGCAAUUUACUUACAAAUAUUUCGAAUUAAGUAAAUUAAGUGGCUAGGCAGCGGCGCAGAGCAUAUUUUCUGCGUCACACUAAGUAGGCUACAGUAUUCUUAAGACACAACUCAGCUUUGGUGCAGCAAUCGAGGCAUCAAACUGACAAGAGAGUAAGCGUUUUGACAAUCAGCGAACGUUAGCAUAUACAUAUAUACAAAUAUAAAUACACACUCGUGGAAGCAUUUGGCUGGAAGAGCAGUGUUUAUGAAAGUAGCAAGAAUUUAGACAUAUUAGCAAACGAUUUACCCCAAAAAUUUAACUGCAUCUACAACUUGCAACUCUGAACUUUUUAAGAAGCUAUACAACCUUUUUAUAAACAAAAACUACAACUCAAACACUUAGAUCGAAGCAAGCAAAUCUCAAAUACUGCGAACCACAAUCUCAAAUCUCAAGCUAAUCAGCGCUGUGUGAACGAUAUUUCGAAGAAGCGGAGCAACUUUUACCAAAUCGAGCUAAAUCUUGAACUAAACUUGACAAUCCAAUCCCCACUUUUGUGAAAAGCCAUAUUUCUUAGACCUCUACUUGCUAUACAACAAGAACUAUAAGAAUUUUACCACACUUUAUAUAACUAAUUAAUCAGUAAAAUAUAUAUCAAUAUUACUAUACUAAAACAUAUUUCUUACUAACUUAUUCAACUUACUAACGUAUAUAUAUACAACAACUAACUGUGUUUCUAUAUUACAUUAUUUACUAUUAGUAGCGCAACUUUGACGUGAUUUAUAGAGCUAAGCAUAGUUGAAGAGGAAGUUAAUUGAAUUACAUUAAAAAUUUAGAAAUACAAUUGAAAUUCGUACAUUGUGCACAACUUAUUGACAAUCUUUCUCUUUAUCAAAUCGUAUAUAUAAAUAUAUAUUUCUAGCUGUAAUCAAGCAUUUACUGAUAACUACGCGUAAAUUAAACGCACGCUGUGUCUAUUCAAUCAUAUUAAGAACUGUUCAAUCUUAUUAAGAACUGUUCAAUCAUAUUAAAAACUAUCCAAACGCAUUAAAUACUAUUCAAGCAUAUUAAGAACUGUUCAAUCAAAUUAAAAGAGCUAUUCAAUCAUAUUAAGAACUAUUCAAUCAUAUUGAAAAGGUAUUGAAACCUACUGAAAAGCUAUUAGAACAUACUGAAAAGCUCUUCAAUCAUAUUAAAAAGCUAUUCAAUCAUAUUAUAAGCUGUGCAAUCAUAUUGAAAACUCUUCAAUCACUUAUAUACAUAUAUACAUACAUACUUGUGACAAUCUACAUUUGCUUGAAGAAUACUUUGAAGAAGUCUAUUUAAUCUAAAGCGUUUCAAACUUUACCUACAAAGUAUAAAUCUUACACGAUUUUAGCAAUCAAUCAAACACACUUAUGCUUAUGUAAAAGAAGUGUAAACAAUUAUUGUAAUUAUAACGGCAGAGUUAUUUCUUAGCCAAAUUACAGUUACAAAAAAGUAAAAAACAUAAAAUUUUAACUCAAAAAUCCAUUUUUUGCUAAUUUCAAGAAAACAGGAAAACUAAAUCUUAGCACAAACUUUGUCGAACAAAUUAAGUUUAAGUCAACAAUAUAAAUUCAAAAACCAAUGUGUAGUAUUAUAUCAGAAUUGAAACAAAAGUGAAAUUACUUUUGCGUUUAUAAGCGUUCAAGUAACGGCAUAUCAAUUACAAAAACAACAUAUUGUUAUUGUAAAGCAACAAUUUGCUUGCCAAAAACAAAAGACAAAAUACACAAAAAAAAAAAAAACAAAAACCAAAAAAGUAUUCAUAAAGUACACAACCAUCACUUCGUUUUCACACUCAUUGAGAAAAUAAGAAACCUUGUGUCUCCUUGCCAACCGUUCCCCAAAAACAAUCCCUUGCAUAUACCACGCAACGCGACAAUUUGCGAUAGCAAACUAAACAAAGUGCAACAAAAUCAAAAGUAAAACGGCGAGCAGUGCACAAAGACAACAGCAUAUAAUCAGCAAAAGCAACAAAAGCGUAAAAAUCAAAUUACAAAAUAAGAAAACUAAAAGUGCAAACAAAGAGUUAAAGCUACUAAAUCAAACUAAAUCUAUAGUUUAACUAAAGAUAGAAAAAAUCAAAAACAAAUAUAAAUACAAUUUCAAAAAGUAUUCAAAACUAAAACAGUUCCUUAAAGUCAACAGCAAAAAACAGUGUGCCAGUGAAAACUUCGCAUUAAAAGCGACAAAGCAUCAGCAAAGCGAUCCGAAGAAAAAGCAACAAAUUUACCAAAACAUCUAAUUCAACAAUUACAACAACUGUCUUAAAAAAAGCAUUCACCAUUGACGCGUUAAAAGAAACGGUUGCAACAACAGCUUCAGUAACAGCGGCUUUGGCAACAGCAACAAUCAAAGAAGAACCGGUUAAGAAAGAUUUAAUAAUGCGAGGAAGCGACGAACUUUUAAGUCAAGCAGCAGUUAUGGCGCCCGCUUCUGACAAUAAUAAUCAGGAUUUAGCCACAAAGAAAGCCAAAUUGGAGCCAAGCACCGUUCUUGGUGGAGUUGGCAAACCAUCAAAAGUCAUCCACUUGCGCAACAUUCCAAUUGAGUCCAGUGAAGCAGAUGUCAUCUCAUUAGGUGUACCGUUCGGUCGCGUCACAAAUGUGCUCGUCUUGAAGGGCAAAAAUCAAGCUUUCCUCGAAAUGGCCGACGAAGUAUCCGCGACAUCUAUGGUCUCAUGCUAUACCGUUACACCGCCACAUAUGCACGGACGCAUGGUUUAUGUACAAUUCUCCAAUCAUCGCGAAUUGAAGACGGACCAGAGUCACAACAAUACCGCUGUCGUGUCCAGCGAUUAUCGCAUUCAGUCGCCAGCAUCUGGCUCACCGCUACCGCUGUGCAACACCGCCACCACCACCAAUGCCGAUGGCACCAUCGCUGUACUACAGAACAACUCGAACGCAGUCAACACUAACUCCACAGCCGGCGGACCGAACACGGUGCUGCGCGUCAUUGUCGAAUCGCUGCUGUAUCCGGUGUCGCUGGAUAUCUUACAUCAAAUUUUCCAGCGUUUCGGCAAAGUGCUGAAAAUCGUUACAUUUACAAAGAAUAAUUCAUUCCAGGCAUUGAUCCAGUAUCCGGACGCCCAUUCGGCCCAGCAUGCCAAGAACAUUUUGGACGGCCAAAACAUCUAUAACGGUUGCUGCACACUGCGCAUCGACAACAGCAAAUUGACAGCUUUGAAUGUCAAAUACAACAAUGAUAAAUCGCGCGACUUCACAAAUCCAUCAUUGCCACCAGGCGAACCGGGUGCCGAUAUAAUGCCCACCGCCGGCGGCUUGGUAAAUGCAAAUGACUUACUCCUGAUCGCGGCCCGACAGCGGCCAUCCCUAACAGUUAAAAAUCAAAAUUACUACUUUGCAGUGAACGGACUCGGUGCUCCCGGCGUAUUGCCGCCAUUCGCACUCGGCAUCGGCACCCCACUCGCUGGCGGUUACAAUAGCGGUAUACCGAAUUUGAGCGCCUUUGCGCUGGCCAAUAGUGGUGCUCUACAAACAGCAACUCCCGCACUGCGCGGCUUCUCCAACGUGCUGCUGGUCUCGAAUUUAAACGAAGAGAUGGUCACGCCUGAUGCUCUAUUUACCCUCUUUGGUGUUUAUGGAGAUGUGCAACGUGUGAAAAUCUUAUACAACAAAAAAGACUCAGCUCUCAUACAAAUGGCCGAACCACAACAAGCCUAUUUGGCUAUGAAUCACCUUGACAAAUUGCGCUUGUGGGGUAAGGCGAUACGUGUUAUGGCUAGUAAACAUCAGGCUGUGCAGCUGCCGAAGGAAGGACAACCGGAUGCCGGCCUCACACGCGACUACUCACAAAAUCCAUUGCAUCGAUUCAAGAAACCGGGCAGCAAAAAUUAUCAAAACAUUUAUCCACCAUCGGCCACAUUGCAUUUAAGUAACAUUCCAUCAUCGUGCACUGAGGAAGAUAUCAAGGAAGCAUUCACCUCCAACAAUUUUGAAGUUAAAGCAUUCAAGUUUUUCCCUAAGGAUCGCAAAAUGGCGCUCCUACAGCUCUCGUCGGUGGAGGAAGCCGUCUUGGCGCUUAUCAAAAUGCACAAUCACCAGCUCUCCGAAUCGAAUCACUUGCGCGUCAGCUUCUCCAAAUCGAACAUCUAAGCUACAAUAACAACAACAACACAACUACUUUAUACACAUAAAUGCAUGCAGAUGCAUGUGCAAAGUGUAAUCAGCUGCAGUACGAAUAAGUAAUGGCAUAGAAGUGAAACCAAUAACAACAAAAAUAACAUAACAAUAGACAAAGAAAGAAAUAGGUGCAGAAACGUAAAAUAUUCGACUAUAAUAGGCGUAGCGCGGCGCAGGAAGCACACCAAAAGACGACCAUUGAAAAAAUCGCAAACAAAAAAUCAGCAAACAAUAGCAACAACAAAUAAUAAGGAACACAAGAACAACAACAAGAAAUCAACAAGGAUCACUACAUAUCUACAACAACAACUAUACUAUUCUAAAUAGCAAUUGGCAGCAGUAGCAACAGCAAACAACAACAACAAAAUUCGUAGUGUACUCAUUUAAUGAUCAACCCAGCUAAGGGAACUCUAUGCAACAACAACAACAACAACAACAAAGAACUAACUCUAUACAGCCCAAGAACUGGCGAAUAAAUCUAUAUUUUAUAUGCAUAUGUAUAUAUGCUUAUACAUAUACAUAUGUGCGUCACUAUUAUAUUUUUUUUUUUACAUUUGUAGUUUUAUUCAAUGAAAAUUAUUGCUACACCUUUUAUUAAUUAUUACUUUUAUUAUUAAUGAUACAACUUUAACACAUAACACAUACCCAUACAGGCAAGUUUACUACAUAUAUAUAUAUAGAUUAGGAUAUUUUUUUGAGAAAAUUUUACGCAUUAGCGAAAAAUCCAUAGAAAAAAAUGGCACAGACAAGAAAAUUCGGAAAACAUAACCCCCUUCCCCCCCCCCCAACUAACUAAGUUCAUACCAGCCAACAAAAUUUCGCAACUGCUCACAUAUAAAUAUACAUGACAACCACUAGCGUACUAAAAUUAACAACAACAACAAUAGCAGCAACUAACCGAAAUUUUGGUGUUAAAUAUAUGUAUUUCAUAAAACAACAACAACACAACAGAAACAAAAACAAAAACAAAUUAUAUUAAUAUAGUUAUACUGUAAUAUUUUAUGUAAGCACAAUAAGAGCAAGAAAAACAAAAACAAAAACAAAAACAAUUUCAAAAUUUAAAAUAAUAUUAAUUAUAAUAUGUAUUACAUGUAUGCGCUGAAUUGAGAGCAGUGAGUAUUCACGGUAUUGUUAUAGAGCAGAUGUUAAAGCAAACGCUGAUGAAACAGCAAAUUGCGAAAAAGCUAAAAUUAAAAUUAAAAUACAAAUAAAAAUUAAAAAUAAAAUAAUAAUAAAUUUUAAAAUUACAUUGAAGAAAAUUUAUGAUUUUUUACUAGGCAUAGCAGAGGAUAUACAUACACACAUACAUACAUAAGUGAAAGUUCAACUUAAAGCAGAAGAAAAAAGUAUGUCUUAAAUGCGAUAAAUAUUUUCGAAAGCUGCGUUUCGUUAAGAAAAAAACAUGCAGAACGAAAACUAAGCAAACAAAAUAAAAUAACGGAAAAAAUGCCAAUUGAAAAACGGCGCGUAAUCGCUUUGCAAAUUCGCCACUGUGGCGACAAAUACGAGUAUGUAUGUAUAUCGUACAUACAAACAAACAACUUGCGUUAUGGCAAAUGCAUUUCCUUGCUGCUAAAUGUUAUUAAUUAAAGUUUAAUUAUACAUAAAUUAUUAAUAUUGAAUAUUUAAUUAUAGCCGAAAUGGAAUUUUAUUUUAAAUUAAUUGAUUUAGGCUUAAGAAGAAAAAAAACGUACUUUAAGCAAAGUAAAGUAAGGGCGGGAAGAUUUACACACACACACACACACAUGCACGCGUGCAACAAUGCGUGAAAGCGCAAGAAAAGCGCAAAUUUUGUAUUAGAGUGCAGCUUAAGCAGGCAACAGAACAAAUUAAAAGUAGAAAUAAAAUCAAGCGAGAGAAAAGAAAAGAAAAAAUUUAAAGCGAAGCAGAAAGUGUAAAAGCAUAAGUGAGUGAAUAUUGAGCUGCGGGCAAAAAAGUGCAUGUCUGUGCAACUAUGUGUAAAAUUUAUGAAUUAUUGAUAAUCAGCUGCGCACACACAUACAUAUGCAUGCACCACUGACUUCGACAACCUAAUCAAUAAGUCAAGUAACGCAAAAAAAGUUGGAAAAAAUUUAUAUUAAUUGGAAUUAAUGCGGUGAAUUGCAAAAACGGAGUAAAAUGCGCAUAACUUCGAAAGAAAGCAACCAUUCAAGCAUGCUCAAGCAUAUUCAAGCAUAUAAGUUGCGGCGUGAUUGAUUUGAAUUUUAUUUUUAACACAUAAAUAUACACUAAGCUGCGGCAUUUUUAGUAUUAAUCCUUAGCAAGAAAAGGUGUUUGUGAAAUUUAUUUUAAAAAAAUUGAAAAAAAAAAUGUAUUAGAGAAAUUCAAAACGCAGCAAGCUUGGCGGCAGCGCUUAAAGUGGCAAAUCGUAACUGUAAAUGUAACAAAGCAUGCAUAUAUACACAUAGUAUAUGGUAAAACUGAAAAGAAUUUAAACAGAACAAAUACAAAUCAGUAUAUUAUUAUAUACAAGAACAAAAAAAAAAAAAAAA